AUGUGGCAUCUGGGCCGUUCUGAGAAGGGCAGAGCGGGCAGGGACAGCUGGGGGCUCACUGGCCUGGUCCUCCCCACUCUCUUCUCUCCAUCCGUGGAAGAAAAGGAUAAACUCUGGACCAUGAGGCCGUCCCCACUCCUGCCUCUCCUCUCUCUGCUUCCGGUAGCCGUGCAGCUCCUGGACUGGGAAAAAUCUUGGGAAAAACUGGCUGAGGAGGGGGCCGUGAGACCAGAGGGAGGUAGCUGGUCCAGGGUGGGUGAAGGAGCAAGUGAGCCCUGUGGGCAGAUGAGCUCAGCCUUCCUGGGUACCCUGGGUGACAAGACGUCAACUCCAAAUAUGCCAACAGAAGCAGAUGUUCUGAAUUCAGGCUCUAGUGAGUCCCGAUUCCAAGAAGUGGAACCAGCAGACAUGCGGAACCCAGCCAAGGAAUCUAGGCAGAGGUUCAAAAAUAUUGCCUUUAUCCUAUGUAUCCACUUAAACACCCUUUCUCUUUUUUUAACAGACACAAGGCAAUUUUUAAUAUACAAUGAAGAUCACAAGCGUUGCGUGGAAGCAUUAAGUCCCAGUGCAGUCCAAACUGCAGUUUGCAACCCGAACAAUGAAGCUCAGAAAUUCCGAUGGGUGUCUGAAUCCCAGAUCAUGAGCGUUGCACUUAAAUUAUGCUUAGGGGUGCCAUCAAAAACUGAUUGGGUUCCUGUCACUCUGUAUGCCUGUGACUCGAAGAGUGAAUUUCAGAAAUGGGAGUGCAAAAAUGACACGCUCUUAGGAAUCAAGGGAGAAGAUUUAUUUUUUAACUAUGGCAACAGACAAGAAAAGAACAUCAUGCUUUACAAGGGAUCAGGUUUAUGGAGCAGAUGGAAGGUUUAUGGAACCACUGAUGAUCUGUGCUCUAGAGGUUAUGAAGCCAUGUACACACUCCUGGGCAAUGCCAACGGGGCAACCUGUGCGUUUCCAUUCAAGUUUGAAAACAAGUGGUACGGGGAGUGCACAACGGCUGGACGAUCCGACGGCUGGCUGUGGUGUGGAACUACUACGGAUUAUGACACGGAUAGGCUCUUUGGAUAUUGUCCAUUGAAGUUUGAAGGCAGUGAAAGCUUAUGGACUAAGGAUCCAUUGACCAAUAUUUACUAUCAGAUAAAUUCCAAAGCUGCUUUAACUUGGCACCAGGCGAGGAAGAGCUGCCAACAACAGGAUGCCGAACUCUUGAGCAUCACAGAGAUACACGAGCAGACAUACCUGACAGGUUUAACCAAUUCUCUGACUUCAGGACUCUGGAUUGGACUUAACAGUCUAAAUUUCAACAGUGGAUGGCAGUGGAGUGGGGGCAGUCCGUUCCGAUAUUUGAACUGGUUACCAGGAAGUCCAUCAGCAGAACCAGGAAAAAGCUGUGUGUCACUUAAUCCUGGAAAAAAUGCUAAAUGGGAGAAUCUACAGUGUGUUCAGAAACUAGGCUAUAUUUGUAAAAAAGGCAACACCACCUUAAAUCCUUUUGUUAUCCCCUCAGAAAGUGAUGUGCCUACCAACUGCCCAAGUCAGUGGUGGCCAUAUGCAGGUCACUGUUACAGGAUUUACAGAGAGGAGAAGAAAAUCCAAAGAGAUGCCUUAAGAGCAUGUAGGAAGGAGGGUGGUGACCUAGCAAGUAUCCACAGCAUUGAGGAAUUUGACUUUAUUAUCUCUCAGCUGGGCUAUGAGCCAAGUGAUGAGUUAUGGAUUGGCUUAAACGACAUCAAGAUUCAAAUGUACUUUGAAUGGAGUGAUGGCACCCCUGUAACUUUUACCAAAUGGCUUCGUGGAGAACCAAGUCAUGAAAACAACAGGCAGGAAGACUGUGCAGUGAUGAAAGGCAAAGAUGGGUACUGGGCAGAUCGGGCAUGCGAACGGCCUCUUGGUUACAUCUGUAAGAUGAAAUCACAAGCCCAAACUCCAGGAGUAGUGGAAGUGGAAGCAGGCUGCCAGAAAGGGUGGAAAAGGCAUGGAUUCUACUGCUAUUUGAUUGGACACACACUUUCAACAUUUACAGAAGCAAACCAGACCUGUGUAAGUGAGAAGGCUUACCUAACAACUGUUGAAGACAGAUAUGAACAAGCCUUUCUGACUAGUUUGGUUGGAUUGAGGCCUGAAAGAUAUUUUUGGAUAGGACUUUCCGAUGUACAACAAAAAGGCACCUUUCAGUGGACCGUCGAGGAAGGCGUUCAGUUCACACACUGGAACUCGGAUAUGCCAGGACGGAAAGCUGGGUGUGUUGCCAUGAAGACUGGGGUUGCAGGGGGCUUGUGGGAUGUCUUGAGAUGUGAAGAAAAGGCAAAAUUUGUGUGCAAACACUGGGCAGAAGGAGUCACUCGCCCACCAGCGCCCACAACCACCCCCGAACCCAAAUGUCCAGAGGAUUGGGGUGCCUCCAGUAAAACAAGCUUGUGCUUCAAACUGUUUGCAAAAGGAAAACAUGAGAAGAAAACGUGGUUUGAAUCUCGAGAUUUUUGUAGAGCUCUGGGUGGAGAUCUAGCUAGUAUCAAUAAUAAGGAGGAACAGCAAGCAAUAUGGCGAUUAGUAACGGCUAGUGGAAGCUACCAUGAACUAUUUUGGUUGGGACUGACAUAUGGAAGUCCUUCCGAGGGCUUUACUUGGAGUGAUGGAUCCCCUGUGUCAUAUGAAAAUUGGGCUUACGGAGAACCUAAUAAUUAUCAAAAUGUUGAAUACUGUGGCGAGUUAAAAGGUGACCCUGCUAUGUCCUGGAAUGACAUUAACUGUGAACAUCUUAACAACUGGAUUUGCCAGAUACGAAAAGGACAGACUCCCAAACCUGAGCCAACACCAGCUCCUCACGACAAUCUACCAGUCACCGAUGAUGGGUGGGUUAUUUACAAAGACUACCAGUAUUAUUUCAGCAAAGAGAAGGCAACCAUGGACAAGGCACGAGAAUUUUGCAAGAGGAAUUUUGGUGAUCUUACUUCUAUCCGAAGUGAAAGUGAAAAGAAGUUUCUAUGGAAAUAUGUGAACAGGAAUGAUGUACAGCCGGCAUAUUUUAUUGGCUUAUUGAUCAGCUUGGAUAAAAAAUUCAUUUGGAUGGAUGGAAGCAAAGUGGAUUAUGUGGCUUGGGCCACAGGUGAACCCAAUUUUGCAAAUGAUGAUGAAAACUGUGUAACCAUGUAUUCAAAUUCAGGGUUUUGGAAUGACAUUAACUGUGGUUAUCCAAAUGCCUUCAUCUGCCAGCGCCAUAACAGCAGUAUCAAUGCCACAGCUGUCCCGACCACAGUGUCAGUCCCAGGAGGUUGUAAAGAAGGUUGGAAUUUUUACAAUCACAAGUGUUUCAAAAUCUUUGGAUUUGUGGAAGAAGAAAGAAAAAAUUGGCAAGAGGCACGAAAAGAUUGCAUAGGAUUUGGAGGAAAUCUGGCAUCCAUACACAAUGAAAAAGAGCAAGCAUUUCUUACAUAUCAUAUGAAGAACUCCACUUUUAAUGCCUGGACUGGGCUGAAUGAUAUCAAUUCAGAACACACCUUCCUCUGGACAGACGGACGAGGAGUUCAUUACACAAACUGGGGGAAAGGAUACCCUGGUGGGAGAAGGAGCAGUCUUUCUUACGAAGAUGCUGACUGUGUUGUUGUUAUUGGAGGGAACACAAGGGAUGCGGGAAAGUGGAUGGAUGACACCUGUGACAGUAAGCGAGGUUAUAUAUGUCAGACACAACCUGACCCUUCCUUGCCGAGUUCUCCAACAACAACUCUGACAGAUGGUUUUAUUAAAUAUGGUGAAAGUAGCUAUUCGCUUAUGAAAUUAAAGCUGCAGUGGCAUGAAGCUGAUAAUUAUUGCAAGAUGCACACUUCCCACAUUGCUAGCAUUCUAGAUCCUUACAGUAAUGCUUUUGCCUGGAUGCAUAUGCAGACCCUGAAUGAACCUGUAUGGAUUGCCCUCAACAGUAACUUGACCAACAAUGACUACAUUUGGACUGAUAAGUGGAGGGUGAGGUACACUAACUGGGCUGCUGAUGAGCCCAGACUGAAGUCAGCGUGUGCCUAUAUGGAUCUCGAUGGCUACUGGAAGACAGCACAGUGCAACGAAAGCUUUUAUUUUCUCUGCAAAAGAUCAGAUGAAAUCCCAGCCACUGAACCCCCACAGCUGCCUGGUAGAUGCCCUGAGACAGAACACUCAGCAUGGAUUCCUUUUCACGGUCACUGCUACUAUAUUGAAUCUUCAUUUACAAGGAACUGGGGCCAGGCUUCUCUGGAAUGUCUUCGAAUGGGUUCCUCUCUGGUUACCAUUGAAAGUGCUGCUGAAUUGAGUUUCCUGUCAUAUCGAGUUGAGCCACUUCAAAGCAAAACCAAUUUUUGGAUAGGAUUGUACAGAAAUGUUGAAGGAAUGUGGCUGUGGAUAAACAACAACCCAGUCUCCUUUGUCAACUGGAAAACAGGUGAUCCCUCUGGUGAAAGAACUGAUUGUGUCACUUUAUAUGCAUCUUCUGGAUUAUGGAGUAAUAUUCACUGUUCCUCCUACAAAGGAUACAUUUGUAAAAGACCAAAAAUUGUUGAUGCUGAACCUACGCAUACAUUAAUUACAACAAAAGCUGAUCCAAGGAAGAUGGAACCUUCUAAACCGUCUAGCAGUGCGACAGGAGUAGUAGUCAUCGUGGUCCUCCUGAUUAUACUGGGUGCUGGCUUCGCUGUGUACUUCUUUUAUAAGAAAAGACGUGUGCAUUUGCCUCGAGAGGAUGCUUUUGAGAACACUCUGUAUUUUAACAGUGGAUCAAGUCCAGGAACUAACGAUACGAAAGAUCUCAUGGGCAACAUUGAACAGAAUGAACAUGCGGCCAUCUAG